AUGAGCAUUGAUCCCGUCAUGCAGGUCGAGGACAAGAUUGCCCCUGGCCCUUCUGCCACCAGCGACAAGCCAGUUGUAGAAGAGAAAAUCAUUCGUCAACAAGCUACCAUCAUCACAACCACAGAAGAUGAGCACAUCGCAGCCUCAAAUGGCAGCGCAAGUGCUGCCACUUCACCUACCACUGGUGCUGCCCCACGACCACGACUCAAGAAGGACAACAGCACGCCAAACAUGAAUGGUCCCCUUUACAUGCAAACCGCCGGUAACAAGACAGUGCUUGUCCGUCGUCUUAAGCGCAAGGAGGAGAGCACCUGGAAGCACCUCUCGCGCUGGUUUGUCGAGAACCAAAUCGGACUCUCUUUCAACCUUCUAGCUCUCAUCUUCCUCGCCCAAACCUUCAUCCCCAAAGCUCGCGAUUACACCCAGAAGUUCUUCCAUCUCAGCUACCACAACUCUCAAUCCGGACAAUAUCGCAUUGGCUACGACGAUGCCUACUUCAUCACUUUUUGCAUCAUUCUUUUCACAGGCCUUCGCGCCGCUACGAUGGAAUACGUCCUUGCGCCUAUUGGUAGAUGGCAAGGUGUUGACAACCGCAAGAACCUGACUCGCUUCAGUGAACAAGCUUGGCUCAUGGUCUACUACACCGUUUUCUGGCCUUGGGGAAUGUACAUUUACUGCACCUCUCCUCAUUACAUGAGCAUGGAGAAUCUGUGGACUGACUGGCCCAACCGUGAGCUCGACGGAAUCAUGAAGGCCUACCUCCUUUGCCAGUGGGCUUUCUGGCUACAGCAGAUGAUUGUCAUUAACAUCGAGGAGCGCCGCAAGGAUCAUUGGCAGAUGUUCACUCACCACAUCGUCACCACAGCUCUCAUCUAUGCUUGCUAUUCUUACCACCACACCCGCGUUGGUAACUUCAUCCUCGUCAUCAUGGAUGUUGUUGACCUCUUCCUUCCUCUUGCCAAGUGUCUCAAGUACUGCGGUUACAAGAAGGUCUGCGAUGUCAUGUUCGGUCUGUUUGUUGUUUCUUGGUUCUUUGCCCGUCAUGUCUUGUACAUCGCGGUCUGCUGGUCCAUUUACGCCGAUACCCCUCGAAUCAUGCCCACCGGCUGCUUCAAAGGCAAUAAUGACAACAUGGUUGGUCCUCUUAACACUCCAGCUGGCUGGGGAUACCUCGCCGAGCCUUUUAUCAACCCUGAAGGCCUUGUCUGUUACAACGAGACCGUCAAGUGGGGUUUCCUUGGACCUCUUCUCUUCCUUCAGGCCAUAACCAUUGGCUGGUUUACCAUGAUCGUUCGCGUCAUUAUCAAGGUCCUCAAGGGAGGCGAUGCCGAGGACGUCCGAAGUGACGACGAGGGUGGCGAGGAAGAGGAAGAGGAGGAGUUUAUCUACGAGGAAGCUCAACCUUUGGAGGAGGAAGUCGGCGUCGAGGCACUUGACCUUCGCAACUGGGAGCGCCGAUCAGGCGUCAAGAAGCAAGCCAGCAGUUCGGGAGUCAGCCUGCCCGGCCACAGCGAUCGAAAGGAGUUGCUGGGCCGCAUUGGCUGCGAGAAGCAGGUCGACUAA